AUGCCAAGGGGACUCUGUCGUCUCCGGCGGCACGGCAACUGGAGCGGGAUGUGCCUGUACCCCCACCGGAGGGCGCUAGGCCAGACGGUGUUCAUCUGUGAGAGGCCCGCUGGUGUGGCCUCGUGUGACAGCCUGUUCGCCACUAAGAGUGAUGGGAGCAGAAUUACAGCCAGAAUUGAUGAAUUAACAGAAGGGCGGGAAAUGAUGUAUCUAAGUUCGCAGAAUUACCGAAAACCCAUCGAAAUUGCUGACCCGAUCAUCACUAUUGAAGCUGGUUCUUUGGAGCAGAGUCAAGGCAACAAGUCAACUUUGCCGCAAUGUCUCCCUGAUCAAGAGCUUCCCCUCAGCCACGGCUACUGGCUUAAUGGCCGCUGGCACUCCCUCCUGUGUCUAAUCACGGACUGGACCACGCGGCCCAAGCUGACGUCAUGCCUCCGCAACAAGAACUUGAUCCUGUUGGGCGACUCCACCACUCGGCAGUGGUUCCUCGGCAUUCACAACCUCCUGGGGAUCGAGUUCGAACGCACCCCUGCGGACCGGCAGUUCAACUGGCGUCGGUCCUACCGGGAGCUGAACACCACGCUUGCCUACACGGCCCACCCGCAGCUGGUGGGCAGCCUGGCAGUGUACCUGGACGAGGUCCGCUACGAGGUGGACGUCUUGGACGGGCUAACCGACCCGCACUGCAACUACAUCGUCCUGGUCAGCCCCUGGGCCCACUUCAGCCAGUGGACGCGGGCCAGCUACGAAGAGCGCACGCAGCGGCUGCGCGCCGCACUGGCCGACUUCCGCCAGCGAUGCCCAGCGGCUAAGGUGGUGCUAAAGGGGCCGCACGCCCGGGACCACCACUCCUACGAGGCCGCUGUCUACUCCAGCGACGUUCUCCUGAAGGAGAUCGAGAAGAUCAACCGGCGGACGCUUUACGGGAUAGGGAUCUGGUACCUGCCCGUCUGGGCCAUGAACUCAGCUCACCCUGCCCCCAACACAGUCCACAUGCCAAUGGAUGUUAUCAGAGAAGAACUGAAAAUGUUUUUCAGCUACGUAUGCAGUUAAUGAAGCAAAAACUCAUGUUUUGUCUCUCUGAUGUAC